UGAGGGCCGCUACAUCGAUCAAAUUGUCCAAUAUAUAAACCCAACUGUAUAUUCAAUAUUCAUUCGAACUCACCCAUCGGAUAACGUUGGGUCGAAUCUAAUUACACAGAAUUCAAGAUGGCGUCAUUAUACCUCCUUCUGGUGCUUCCCGCCUUGGUCUUAGCAAGAAUAGACGUUCAAUUAUCCGGAGAAUUCAACGAUGACUCCCAUAAUAACCUUAAGGUUUAUUACUCUGGAAGUCAAGCUGGAGUCAUAACAGACGCAGAGCGAACUACAUUCGGCCUGAGCGACGCUAUACUGAAGGAUUCCAUUGGUGCCUACUUCGGAAGGCGUCCUGAUGAUGCUUACCUCCGCAGUCCCACACCAUGGGGCGAUUUAUACAGCACAUUCGGCUGGGAUCAAGUCCUCAGCACUCUUGUGCCGAAGAACGGAAAAAUUUUAGGAAUCACGUCACAACCCAUGAUUAUUACGAAACAGCUGUUCGAGAACAACAGCUCAAAGCCAGCUACCUUUGACGUUGGUAUCUCGCAAUCUGUCCAGAAUACUGUCAAGUCUUCAUGGAGCCAGGGUGGAUCGUUGAAUGUGGCACAAGAAAUCAAUUACGGAUUCGACAUUGAGUUCAUCAAAGGAGGCGGCAAGACGGCUUUCUCUUACACAUCAACAUGGGGCCGCAACACGGAGAAAUCUGAAUCUGUAACCAUUGGAUCUCAAUCAGGAAUGAAGAUCCUUCUUCAACCUGGCCAGGCCGUGGUCGCUCAACUUCAAGCUACUAAAGGAACUAUCAGGAUGGAGGUCGAAUACGAAGCCAGCUUAUCGGGAGCUUCGGCUGUGAAUUAUGACGACGGAUACAGAGGCCAUCAUUUCUGGUCUCUGGACAUCCGUGCCAUCAUGGCCAGCGUUGGUCUUCCAAACCAGAAGGUGUCCAAGGAAGUCAUUGAAAUUGACUUCUACUCCCAGUCGAGAGUGGUCGUCAACGAUAAAUCUACUAAUAUUAAGCUUAUGGAAAUUGGAUUUUAAUUGAGUUAAUAAAUUACAUAUUUUUUUUGUAUCAA